CGCAAAGCAUGCUGGGAGAGGAAAACUCCAGGAACCUGAGGGAAAGAGGAAGUUCUGCUGGAAACGUCCUGUAAAGAGGCUCUGAUGUCCGGACAGCGGGAGGGAGAGCCCCGGCAUGAGGAGCAGGUUCCUGUGAUAUAGGAUUGUCCGAUGACAUCAUCAGUACCAGAUAAUGGAUGGAGACGGGGACAAGAUGGCGGAGAGGAUAUUAGAUCUUACCCUGGAGAUCCUCCUCCUGCUUACUGGAGAGGAUUACUCCACGGUGAAGAAGACGUCUAGUAAUCUGAUACAUGAGACGAACAAUGAGAAGAUCCUAGAAGUCGUCCACAAGAUGAUGGAGCUGCUGACUGGAGAGGUUCCUCUAAGGUGUCAGGAUGUCGCUGUCUAUUUCUCCAUGGAGGAGUGGGAGUAUUUAGAAGGACACAAGGGUCUACACAAGGAGGUCAAGAUGGAGGAGGACCAGCCCCUCGCAUCUCCAGAGAGAUCCAGUCAGAGGACAACACCAGAGAGAUGUCCGCGUCCUUUCCUUCCACAGGAUGGUCAGGAUGAAGAUCUGAACAAUUAUAAUGCUACAGAGACAGAUGUGAGGGGCGAUGAGGAAUACAAGGAGGAGAUCCCUACAGAGACAGAUGUGAGGAGCGAUGAGGAAUACAAGGAGGAGAUCCCUACAGAGACAGAGAGGGGCGAUGAGGAAUACAAGGAGGAGAUCCCUACAGAUAAGAGCCCAGAUGACUGUACUGGGUGCUUGGAGAAGCAUCUCAUAUCUACAUAUUAUAAUGCAGAUGAUCCAUGUACCAUAUCAGAUACAUAUGAAGAGCGUGCCAUUAUCCCAGAUGUACCCUCAGACCUUCACAGCAAAAAUCUAUCAUCUCAUCCUUUAAAACAAGUACAAUCUUUUAAUUCAUCACAUACUCUUACUCAGAAUGAAACUCGCAGAAGAUGUUCUGGAACCCAAAGAGCUCGGAGAAAGCCGUAUUCAUGCUCAGAAUGUGGCAAAUAUUUUACUUGGAAAUCAGGCCUUCUUCAACAUCAAAUUCAUCACACAGGGGAGAAGCUGUAUUCAUGUUCAGACUGUGGGAAAUGUUUUACUAGUAAAACACAAAUUGAAAACCAUCAGAGAAAGCACACAGGAGAGAAGCCAUUUUUAUGUUCAGAAUGUGGAAAGUGUUUUACGAAUAAAGCACAUCUUAAAACCCAUCAGAGAAUGCACACAGGAGAGAAACCAUUUUUAUGUUCAGAAUGUGGAAAAUGUUUUACUAGAAAAUCACAUCUUGAUAACCAUCACAGAAUUCACACAGGAGAGAAGCCGUUUUUAUGUUCAGAAUGUGGAAAAUGUUUUACGAAUAAAACACAACUUGAAACCCAUCAGCGAAUUCACACAGGAGAAAAGCCGUUUUCAUGUUCAGAAUGUGGAAAAUGUUUUACUAGAAAAUCAUAUUUUGAUAACCAUUACAGAAUUCACACAGGAGAGAAGCCGUUUUCAUGUUCAGAAUGUUGGAAAUCUUUUACUGAUAAAUCAAGUCUUGAGAGCCAUCAGAGAAUUCACACAGGAGAGAAGCCGUUUGUGUGUUCAGAAUGUGCGAAAUCCUUUACUAGAAAGUCAUAUCUUCUUCUACAUCAAAGAAGUCACAAAGCAGAGAAGCCGUAUUCAUGUUCAGAAUGUGGAAAAUCUUUUACUCGGAAAGCACAUCUUCUGAGCCACCAGAGAAUUCACACAGGGGACAAGCCACAUUCAUGUUCAGAAUGUAGGAAAUCUUUUACUGAGAAAUCUAAUCUUGAGAGCCAUCAGAGAAUUCACACAGGAGAGAAGCCAUUUUCUUGUUCAGAAUGUGGUAAAUCUUUUACUCGGAAAUUUCAACUUCAGAGCCACCAGAGCAUUCACACAGGGGACAAGCCGUAUUCAUGUUCAGAAUGUAGAAAAUCUUUUACUGAGAAAUCAAGUCUUAAGAGACAUCGGCAAAUUCACACAUUGGAGAAGCUGUAUUCAUGUUCAGAAUGUGGCAAAUGUUUUACUCAUAAAUCAUUUCUUGCAAGCCAUCAUAGAAUUCACACAGGAGAGAAGCCAUUUUCCUGUUCAGAAUGUGGAAAAAGUUUUACUCAGAAAUCAUCUCUUAAGAGCCAUCAGAAAAUUCACACAGGGGACAAGCCGUAUUCAUGUUCAGAUUGUAGAAAAUCUUUUACUCAGAAAUCAAGUCUUGAGAGACACCAGAGAAUUCACACAGGAGAGAACACGUUUUCGUGGGAGAAGCCGUUUUCAUGUUCAGAAUGUGGAAAAGCUUUUACGAAUAAAAGAAAUCUUGAAACCCAUCAGCGAAUUCACACAGGAGAGAAGCCGUUUUCAUGUUCAGAAUGUGGAAAAUGUUUUAAUAGAAAAUCACAUCUUGAAAACCAUUAUAGAAUUCACACAGGGGACAAGCCGUUUUCAUGUUCAGAAUGUAGGAAAUCUUUUACUGAUAAAUCAAGUCUUGAGAGCCAUCAUAGAAUUCACACAGGAGAGAAGCCGUUUUUUUGUUCAGAAUGUGCGAAAUCCUUUACUAGAAAGUCAGCUCUUCUUCUACAUCAAAGAAGUCACACAGCAGAGAAGCCGUUUUCAUGUUCAGAAUGUGGAAAAUGUUUUAAUAGAAAAUCACAUCUUGAUAACCAUUACAGAAUUCACACAGGAGAGAAGCCGUUUUCAUGUUCAGAAUGUAGGAAAUCUUUUACUGAUAAAUCAAGUCUUGAGAGCCAUCAUAGAAUUCACACAGGAGAGAAGCCGUUUUCAUGUUCAGAAUGUGGUAAAUCUUUUACUCGGAAAUUUCAACUUCAGAGCCACCAGAGCAUUCACACAGGGGACAAGCCGUAUUCAUGUUCAGAAUGUAGAAAAUCUUUUACUGAGAAAUCAAGUCUUGAGAGACAUCGGCAAAUUCAUACAUUGGAGAAGCUGUAUUCAUGUUCAGAAUGUGGCAAAUGUUUUACUCAUAAAUCAUUUCUUGCAAGCCAUCAUAGAAUUCACACAGGAGAGAAGCCGUUUUCAUGUUCAGAAUGUGGAAAAAGUUUUACUCAGAAAUCCUCUCUAAUUCGCCACCAGAGCAUUCACACAGGAGACAAGCCGUAUUCAUGUUCAGAAUAUAGAAAAUCUUUUACUGAGAAAUCAAGUCUUGAGAGACAUCAGAGAAUUUAUACAGGAGAGAAGCCGUUUUCGUGUUCAGAAUUUGGCAAAUGUUUUACUCAAAAAUCAUCUCUUGUUCAACAUCAUAGAAUUCACACAGUGAACAACCAAUUCUGAAUCCUUCCUGUAAAAUAUUUAGACCAACCCAUAAGAAAAACUAACUCACAUUGUAUGUAUAGAUAACACUGGGGUCUAGUAUACUAUACCGAGCCAACAAACGAACCAAAUCUGCACACUAUCCACAGACGGGGCCAUUCCGGUGGGGCAAUUUUUGCGUCUUCGACGUGUCUGCUCCAGUGACAAGAAAUUUGAGAUGCAGUUUGGAGAAUUGUCUAGGAGGUUUCGCAAUAGGGCCUAUAACCAGGUUGAUAUCAAGAGGGGCUACACACGGGCCAAGUCUGCAAAUAGGGACUCUCUCCUGACCAAAGAUUGACAAUGCCAGUUGUAGAUUUAUUACCCCUUUUAACAUGCAGUGGCGAAAAAUAUGUGAAAUACUCACUAGACACUGGCCUAUACUGCUCUCAGAUAAUGGCCUACGGGCGACACUUCGAGAAUAUCCCCAGGUGACAUGGCGACGUUCAAAAAAUCUUGGUGACUUGCUCACCAGUAGUCACUAUGUAUCCCCUUCGCCAUCGUACAUAUUUGGAAGUAAGGGGCCAAAAUGGGGCUCCUACCCGUGCAACAACUGUCAGGCAUGUAGAUGCAUGGUUCGGUCCUCCACAUUUAGGGACUCUAAGGGCAGACGCGAGUAUCAAAUCGUGCAACAUAUCACAUGCAGGACUGUGUGUGUGAUAUAUUUGAUCACUUGCCCUUGCAAGCUCCUGUAUGUUGGGAUGACCACCAGGGAGCUGCGUGUUGGGGUAUUCGAACAUGCAAGCAAAAUCCACCAGGCAGCCACUACUGCACAUGACGAGCUGACCCAGUUUCAACCUAUAGCCCUGCAUUUUAGGAACCAUCACAGGGGGGACCCUCGUGGGUUACAAUGCAUGGGUAUUGAUAGGGUCUCUCUGGGCUGCCGUGGAGGGGAUAUCAAGAAGCGCCUCCUGCAACUGGAGACUAAAUGGAUUGUUCUGCUUAAGGCCGAAUGCACACGGCCGUGUUUCACGGCCGUGAGUGGACCGUGGAACCGCGG